UUGAGAAUGAGUGAAAUCAGACUACAGGAUCAUGGCUAAACAUUGGUGUAUGGUGUCCCUGUGGAUUGUCUACAGUCUUCUGGUCUUAAAUGUUGCAGCAUUCAACCUGGACACCCAGAAUGUUCUGCUAAAACAAGGAGAUCCAGGCUCUUUGUUUGGAUUUUCUGUUGCUUUCCACCAACAGCUGAGCCCUGCCAGAAGAAAUCUAUUGCUUGUGGGAGCUCCACGUGCAAAACACCAGAAUCAAGUGAAUGUUACAGGAGUUGUUUACAGUUGUGAUCUGAAUUCAACAUCUGACCGCUGUCAACCCAUCGAGUUUAACAAUAAAGAAUUUCUCACUAGUAAAGGCAUAAACAACCAGUGGAUGGGAGUUAAAGUCACAAGUCAAGGUCCUGGUAAAAACGUAUUGGCUUGUGCUCACCGAUAUCAGGAGGGGAGUUCAAGCCGCUACGUCCCUCAUGUACUUACUGGUCAGUGCUACUUAUUAGGAGAUAACCUGCAAGUUGGGGAGGAAGAAAGGAGGUGGAGGAGGGUAGUUUGUGACUUUGAACACCUGAGUAGACGGCAAAAGGACCAUGAGUGGUUCGCAUACUGCCAACAGGGUCAUGGAGCAUCUUUUGCAAAGGAUAACACUUCAUUGCUAAUUGGAGCACCAGGAGCUUACCAGUGGAAAGGAAUUGUACGAAUGGAGCGUUUGGAUGACCUGGACUUCGACAGUGAAGAGCCUCGUGAAACUGGAGAUAUCGAACAGUUUAACCACAAACUCAUUCCUCUCCAGAGAAACAGCUACCUGGGGUUUUCUGUAGACUCUGGGAUGGCCCUCCUCAAACAGGGUGAGCUGACAAUCGUAUCAGGAGCUCCCCGAGGGGGUUACAGCGGCCAGGUGGCAUUCCUGAAGACGGACCCUGUGGCCAGGAGAAAUCUCUCUGUGGAGCUGGUUCUGUCAGGACCGGGUCUGGCCUCAUCCUUUGGUUACGAUGUGGCAGUGCUGGAUCUUAAUAAUGAUGGGUGGGAGGAUCUUGCUGUAGGAGCUCCAGAGUUCUUUGUGAAAGACAGCAUGAUCGGAGGAGCGGUUUUCAUCUUUAUUAACACCAAAGGAAAACACUGGGAGAAAAUUGUUCCCAUCGAACUUCAUGGGAACAAGGAGUCCAUGUUUGGCCUUGCGGUGGAAAAUAUAGGAGACAUCAACCGGGAUGGUUAUGGAGAUAUUGCAGUGGGGGCACCGUAUGAUGACUCUGGGCGAGUUUAUCUUUACUGUGGGUCACCCGAGGGUAUCAACAGAAAACCAGCACAGAUACUUUCACCAGGAUUGAAGACGGUGAAUCUAUUUGGAUAUUCUCUGAGUGGUAACCUGGACAUGGAUAACAAUCAGUACCCUGAUGUGGCUGUAGGAUCACUUUCAGACCACGUUUUUAUUUUCAGAGCAAAGCCAGUGGUCAGUCUGAGCUCCUCUCUUCAGAUAACACCAAAUCAAAUAGAUAUAAAGAAGAAAAGGUGCAGUGAACGGACGUGUUAUUUUGCAGGUCAGGCUUGCUUUACUUACAUGUCACAUCCAGCAUCUUUUAACCCAAACCUGAUGCUCAACUACACUUUCGAGGCUGACUUUGGUCAGAAAAGGUCCAGACCCAGAGUGAUCCUCCAAGGCUCCUCCCAAGGAAAACUGGAACUCUCUGCACAACGAAAACAAAUCUGUACUCGUAUGAAGCUCCAACUUCUGAGAGAAAUCGUCGACAAACUGCGAAGCAUCCCUGUCUCUGUGACGGUGUCUUUGUGGAACUCCACGGAGACAACCUCAGUGAGUUCAGAUCAGUCCAACAUGUAUCCUGUCCUGAACAUUUAUCAACAGAGCACUACUGUGACUGAGAUCACUCUAAUGAAUCAGGGUUGUGGCAGCGACAACAUCUGCCAAAGCAAUGUACAAUUACACUACAAGUUCUGUUCAAAAAUGACACAAAAUGACCGAAACAUUUUUAAAUCACUUGUCAGAGAUGAAGGUGUUGCUGUCAUCACUCCUUCUGAUGAAGAAAUUGCUUUGGAGAUUACUGUGACUAACAGAAAUGGGGAUGAUGCCCAUCAGUGUCACUCAGUCAUCAUUCUCCCAGAUACAGUGCGCUACUCAUCAGUUUUGUUUAGUGUAGCAGAGGAAGACAUCGGCUGCACAGCUAAUGGCAAUGGAACGCUGAUAGACUGUGAUCUAGGAAAUCCUCUCCGAAGAGACACUGAGGUUACAUUUUACAUCAUGCUAACAACUUCUGGCAUCUCACUGAAUACAACGGUUGUCAAUGUUACCCUGCAGCUUGAAACAACAAGCGUACAGCCGAUACAGCUGAUUGAGGCUUCGGCCAAAGUGGUUUUUGAGCUGGAGCUGCAAGUAAAUGGGCUACUCAGGCCCUCACAAGUUUCCCUCGGUGAUAUUAUGAAGGGGGAAAGUGCCAUAAAUUCAGCAAAUGAUAUCGGCCCAUCAGUUCAAUAUGAAUUCAGGAUUACAAACUUGGGCAGGCCACUGAAGUCUUUUGCAAAUGCAUCACUCAACAUCAACUGGCCAAAAGAGAACUCAGUAGGAAAAUGGCUUCUGUACUUGGUUCACAUACACAGUGAAGGAGUUCACACUGUCCCCUGUACACCUGUAGAUGAGGUCAACCCACUCAAACUAGUGAAGGGUUGGGAUGCUCCACCCAGAAAAAGACGUGAAGCUAAACUUGAAUCUUCCUCAACUGAAGGCCUUUCAAUUAUUCCAUCAAGAAGAAAAUACAAAACUUUGACUUGCUCUGAUGGAAUGGGGUGCGUGCAGAUUCGCUGCCCCCUGCUGGGUCUUGACAGUACUGCAAGGGUAGUUCUGCACUCUCGCCUUUGGAACACAACGCUGGCUGAGGAUUACAGCUCCUUGAAUUACCUCGACAUUGUUGUGGAAGCUUCUCUGAGCCUAAGCAGCUCUUUUGAGAAUAUUGGACUUAAAUCAAUAAGACCGGUGACUCAGGUAAAGCUGACGGUGUUCCUUGAAAGAAAGGUUAAAUUCUUGACCAAAGUUGCGUGGUGGAUCAUCUUCCUGACAGUCCUGUCUCUGUUGCUGUGUUUGGGUUUUAUUGUCUACUUAUUAUGGAAGCGGGAUUGCAUCCGCGGCCUCGCCCAUAAAAACAAACAGUCACAUGAUCAAAAAGCAGAGAUGGCUCCUCUCAAAGGCUAAAAGCAGUGAUGUCUCAAAGGUUUGACAAGAUGAUCUCAAACCGAUAAUGUUAUUAUCCUCUGCUGCAUCUUUUAGAGUAUAAUAAAAGUAAGACAUUAAACCUCAGUAUAAAUGUGCAAUUGCUCUGAUGUACUAUCUAGAAUAUAUAAAUUAUAUUCAGAAAUCCAGAUUAUUUUAGCUGUGCUUUCAAGUAUUUUUGUGAAAUAAAAGGCAAACGUUUUCCUUCAGAUUUUUAAUGAAGAUAUCACUGGUUUGAUAACAAAAAACAGUUACAACAUUAAAAAAGUUGUGCCGAACUUUCACCUCGACAGGAAUGUUUGUAGAAGUUAUCAAAGACUGAAGGACGUUUUUGAAGUUUAACAUAUAGACCGGAUGCUGCCACUCAAUUAUCUGGCUGCUGAUCAUCAAAAGCACAUCAUUAAAAUACUUUAAUUUGUCAUGUGAUUUAAUACUGUGUGUGUGGCGAAACAAUGUACAUGAGUACCACUGCUUCUGCUGAAAGGUUCUUGUUCCAAACGUCCAACUUGCUGGCAUUAAGGAGACAAAAGGUUUGGCUCAGAAUGAACAUUUUUAAAACGGAACAAAUAAAAAGGUCUUGCUUUUGUUGACGACAGUG